AUGCUUGAUGUUGCAUUGUACGGCGAGCAUGGCGUCUACAGACAGAACUUCUCCUUACACGAGGUGCAGGCAGCAAUCCUGAGUGUGGCGGAGAGACAACAGACCGAAAGCACCGACAUCUGUUUAACCGGACCCGAACACACAACUACCUGCACAUGCACCCCGGUUGCCAACAGAGAAGGGCCGCCGCCACAGUCUGGCAACGCCAAAGAUACCGUGGUCCAGUUUUCGGCAGAAACGAACAAGCUGACACUCGUGUGCAAGGGAUCGAGUACGGUGGCACCACCCACCCUGAAGUCUGAAAACGCGGUGUGCCCAGAGACGGCAGAUCUUUCUAAAUGUAAAACAGGUGGCGGCGACCCAAAAGCAGCCCCAAUCAGCACUACAAAUUUCCUCGAUGGAGAAAAGGUCGAUUCAAUCCAGUGGACGGAGCUGAGUGCGUCUAUGAGCGGAGACACAACAUCGUCGUACUCCCUGACCGUGCCCAGCGCAAACUUGCCACGUAGCGACAAAGCAUUCGCCGUGGGGUGCAUAUCACAAGAAAAACCAGUGUGCAAAGUUACUGUAAAUCUCCCGGCAAAGCGUUCGAAGACCACCACUCGGAAUGUGGUGCAAUGCGCAUAUGGCGCGCAGAGUAACUCCGAAGGCCCUCAGCAAGUUACCUUGUCACAGACGGAGACCACCCUGACCCUCAUAUGCGGCAAGGAGGGAACUGUCCAACCAGAAAAUUAUCUGACUUCUUUCUGCACCGACAAUGAUAUGAAACAUUGUACGAACGCAUACACCGAAGUACUGCCUGAUUUCAAGAAAGAGUGGUGGACCCCGUCGUCUACAAGUGAAACGAACGAGUACAUGCUGCAGGUUCCGCAAGAUCUGUUUCCUGAGCAAGACAAGAAAAUUGUUGUUGGUUGCAAGCACAAAGAUGAGUCAGAAUCAUCACCUGCAUCUUCAAAACACUCUCGUUGCAGCGUCAGCAUAACGCUAAAGGGAACUGGUUCCGCGUCAACAUCUACCGCGUAUUCACAAAGGAAUAUGUUUAUCACAUUUUUUGUUGUCGUUUCUUCCCUUGCUGCGCUGCGACCCCUCCUACAGUGA